AAUUCUGCGUCACAUUUUUCAAUCAACCGCGAAUAAGGACAUUUGCAAAAUAGCAAAAAUUAAAUUUUCAGUGGUAUAAAUGAAAUGAAAUAUUGUGAAAACUAGCAAUUAGUGAAGUGGAAGUUGCAUAAAGACAGAAACAAUUGAAUUAAGCAAGAGAAUUAGUGAAAAUUAAAUUGUGGAAAACAUAAAAAAAAACUUUUUUUGCGUCUGGAUGAAUCAUCAAAAAGUUCAAGGAUUAAGUAAACUUUUUAAGAGUUUUCGAAACUUCCAAAAAAAGUUUCAAAUGAAAUAAAAGAACAUUUUAAAUUCGAGGCAUUCAUUACUCAAUAUGGACGAAUGUCAAAACACUCAUGAGUCAUUUUUGGAAUUAGAAAAAUUGUGCGAAAAUUCAAAUACGACAAUGGGUCAAUCUGAAAGCAAAAAGUCAUCGACAUCCAAUAAGAAGAUGCAUGGGCCGGAAACAAGAGGCACAUCUAUGUCAUUUGGAUUCAAGAAAAAGACUUUUUCAACGACCAGCAAGAAACAACAGCAAAAUAUUGCAAAUAAUAACAACGUCAAUGUAAAUCGUGAAAAAGAUGAAAAAGCUACGAUAAUUUCAAAUCUUAAUGUCAUUAAUGCUGAACAAAACAAUUUCAUAAUUACGGGAGAUGAUAACGGCAACAGUACAAAUACAGAAACUAUCCACGAUAAAGAAAUUGGAACGGCAAGAACAACAUCGCCUGCAAAAUUACAACCAGCAAAACGAGAUCAGAUGUUGGUUGGAAGAAGUAAUCGUUUUGGAUUCAGACAGAAUGUUGUACGUCCGACUAGCGGAAUCACACCGAAAUUUAAUGAAUAUGAUAAUGUGAAUAAUAAUAAUAGUAAUAAUACAAUUGACAAGCAGCGCCGUUCCAAAAGCGCAACACCAACAACAACUCAAUUACGCUCAAAUGUCAAUCCACAAGCCUCUUCAAAGUCUGAAAUAAAUCCAAUGAAAACGAUUGCUGAGCAGUCAGAGCAAAAAGUUAUCAAGCAACAGAAUGAGGAGAACGCCAACAUAAAUGCUUCUCGUCCUACAUCAACGUUGUCGUCAACAUCGCAAACGGGCAAUGCAAAUCAACCAAUUUUACUUUCAAGAUAUACAUUACAUUCAACAAGCUUACCACGUCCACAAUAUCCAGUUCCAGUUUCUGUUGCGCCAAGUUAUCCUAGUUUCUCGCGAAACUCAACAUACUCGCCAAACAGCACUCGCCCAUUACAUUCCGUACAAAGUAAAUUAAUCGAUACGAAAGGAGCAAAGACUCAAGCUAAUCUCAAUAAGAGAGGUGGAAUGAUGACUCGCAGAGAUGAGUCAUUAGAUUCAGGCAUAGCAAGUCACGACAGUACGUCUGAUAAUCAUCAGAAUCAAAUGGAAACAUCAUUAAUGAGAAGAUCUCGUCGUCGAUUCGAAAUGGUUCCAGGACCAAGUCGACACAAGUUUGAGAUUCGUGAUUUGAAUGACUAUAAUGAAGACAGUGUCAUAGUUCCAUUGUCAUUACCAAGAUUGCCAACUGACCGUAAAGAGAUUGUCACUGAAGGCUUGAUAAGAAGUACAACUAGUUAUUCAACAGAUAAUGAAAUGGAUAUGUCAAUGAGUAUUAGUGAAUGUGGAAGUCGUCCGAUAUCGUUCAUCUCAACAACUUCUGAGGCUGAAAGUUAUGAGGAGGAGAAGUUGAAAAUGGAUAAUAGCUUGUCGGAAAAGAGUUAUAAAGGUGCAAUUAUGAAACAAAGUUUAAGUAGCAAAAAUUCCUCGACUGGAUCAAUAAAAUCAAAAUCAUCAUGGUCGGCAGGUAAUAAUUGUGGUGAGUCAAUGGCUCUUAAAGAUUCCACUAGUGGUAGUUUGAAUAGUAGCGAUGAGGAUCAUAGAAACAAGAAUAAUAAUAAUACUCAAUCAUGCUGUACAAGAAAGAAAGAUAUUGACUGUGAUGAGGAUGAGUUGAGCUCAAUGACAAUUACGGCUGAACAUUCAAGCAGUUCUCCAUCAAAAGAUGAGAAAGAGAUUGUUAAUGACGCAUUUUUGAAGCAGAGCCAACAGCAACAACAGCCACGUAUGGGCUCAAUUAGUCGUAAGGAAUUAUUUAUUCAAGUAGAUGAAGUUAAAUUUGCGGAAACAAUUGCCGCUACCCAAAAUACAGCAUUACUUGAUGAUGAAACAUCUCCAUCGGACAGCCUCGUAAGUAGCUCAGAGUCCGGUGAUGUCCCAAUCAAGAAAGUUAAAGAAAGAAAAACGAUUAAUGAAAUUAAAGAAGAAGAUUUAGAGGAUAUUACGCCAGAAUUAGAUGAUCUCCCAAGUCCAGGAACUCCAACACAUGCAUCAAACUCGUUAAGCUUAUCCGAUGAUGUCGGUCGUGAUGAUUUCUUAAUUGAUGAUGAAAUUGCUGAUCAACCAGCUCUAAUGAUGUCUCAUAACAAGCAACAGAACCAAUCAUUAUCUCAUCAUGAUGAUUAUAUAUCCGGUGCAAUGAAUUUAUCAUCCACAGAUGGUACCACACCAACAUUAAGAGAUAUAUCCGUAAAUUCACAUGGAUCAUUAAGAUCAUUAAAUAGAAUUCAUAUGCAUGCAUUAAAAACAAUAAACAGCGGUCAAUCAUCGCCGGCUAUGAAUAGAAAAGUGAUUAUGGAAAGGUCAGGAUCACUUGAUACAUUAUCGCCAUGCGACUCAAUUGCAUCUGAUGAUUUGAUGGCAGAUUUCGAUAUAAAUAGCAGUCUUGACUCAAUUGAAAGGCAUGAGCGAUCUGUUGACGAUGUUUAUGCACAAUCUGAGACAGAAUAUAAAUUUAAUAGUGACCGAAAGAAGGAAUAUGGAGCAUUUUUUAAAACACAACCAGGCGUUCAUCGCCGACACAGUAGCCGUGAAAAUAUCACAUCUCAACUGCCUCUCAGAGCCACUCGUCUACUUAAUCGACGUCUACAAAAUAAUAAUAACAAUAUUAAUACAUCACCAUUGAAUGGAUCUGAAAGCCCACGUUCCUUGGACAGCAUACGAACAACUUCAGCUCGAGCGUCGUUAAGAGAACAUUUGAAGCAACGGCAACAUCUUAAUUUACAAUCACAGCUAGAACACUCAUCAACAGAAGAUCUGUUAGUGGAUAAAUCAUUUAGAAAUUCUAUGCUGCAAGAUGUUGCGAGCUUUAAAAAGCAACUUGUACAGUUGAGGAGAAUUCUUCAAGAAGAUGAAGAUAAAUUGAUGAUGUCUGAUACUCUCAACCCGUUUGAAAUGAAUGGGCACAUCUUCAGUAACUUGAAUAGAGCCAGCGAUGCUGAGAUAACCGGAAGUGAUAAAGAGAAAAAAGACGAUGAGAAAAAUGUGGUGCUAACAAAUGAACAAAUUAUUUUAUUGGAGGAUCAACGACAAGAGCUUGCUGAUUUAAAGAGACAGGUUGUUUUUCUUCAGAGUCAAAUGGACGAUAAAGAUCGAGUAAUUAAGCAGCAACAAAUAAAAUUAGAGGAGAUGGAAAAAGAGAAAAUUAAGUCUUUGGACACAAAUGCAACCGCACAAGAUUCCAAAAAUAAUAAUAUUGAAACUGUAAAUUGUGCAACACAGACUGAAAGGCUGAGACCAAUGUCGAUGGGUCAAGAUUUUACGAGCCGUCUUAAUGUUGGACAGCCCAUUGGAUUCACCCCUUAGAUCACCAAACGACGAAACAAAAUCUAAGCAAAUUCCUACAAUAACAAUCAAAUCAUCUCCAACAAGAAGUAAGACUCAAAUAUCGUCAGUAUAUACCAAAUUGUCAUCAAUUAAGCCAACGACGACAACGCCCAAUUCUCAAAUUAAAAAUUCUUCCAUUCCACCGUCAACUGGAACAUCAUCAAAACCAAUGAAAUCGACAAAGAUCGAACAUCCAAAAAUGACACCAAUAAGAAAUUUAAAUUCAACAAAUAUAAGUCGCGGAUGUGAUGUCAAGACACCGUUCAAAAGAACAAUACCACAGCUGGUAAAGUCAGCUGUAAAUGGAUCAAAUAAUAAGAAUUCUACUCAAAAAUUACAAAAACCUUUAUCAACAUCCCGUUCUCGCCUGGAUGAUUCAAAUGGCAAUUCAGCCACAUCAUCAUUGAGUACGAGCAGCAGUAACUCGAGUCUUAAUGCAACACAUAUUGAUAAAACGAAUGGAUUUUUGACAACUCAAUUAAAUGAGAUUUAUAGUCGCGGAUUGAUUGAGUAAAUUGAAUUGAAUUGAUUGCAUGCAGCAUGCAACCUGACUGCUAUGAAAUGAAUUGAAAAAAAAAAUUAAUAAUAUUAUAUAUUCAUAUUUACGAUUAUAAAAAGGAAACAAGUAUUAUUUCGUCAACAUAGAAGCAUAAACAACCAGAUAUCCUUUUAAUGUUUGACACAUUGAUUUUGAAUUUGUUAACUUAGAGCUCAAAAUUAUAUAUUUUUUUUCUGUGUUCCUUUAAACUACAGUGUAAUGAUUUAAUUUAUAUUCCCACCUAUAAGUUGUAUUUUUUUAAAAACUUAAUUCAUGAAUUUAAAAUAAUCGAGAAAUGAGCCUAAACUGAAAUGAUUUUCCAUCCUGAGAUGUGAAGAAUGAGAUAUGAGAGAUAAUAAUGCUUACAACAUAAAAUAUAGUGCUUCUUGAAGAUGCAAAAAUUUAAUGAAAAAUGCCUGAAUAGCGCAAACUUGAAAAAAGCUUUGGAAGAUUAAAAUAAAAAU